UGUUUCGCUUCUGACGAAUUUGAAUACACCGCGCAACUCGAACUGCCGGAAAUUGGUCUGAAUGUCGUUUUAAUAAAGAAUUCAGUAUGACAGAAAAAUAAUAGUUUAUUUUAAGUAAUUAUAAUAAUUAUCCGUAGAAAGUACAUAAUAUUGAUUUUUGUGCCAGAAGAAAACAUAUAAUAACUAUUUUAUAUUUCGCGGAAAAUUAAGACAUGUGAGACGGAUUACGAUAAUGUAAGUAAAAAGCAGACGUGAAGUAACGUUCGGCGCGUAAACUUUGGUUAAGAUGGUGAAACCAAAGUACAGACGCCAUGGGUUCGUUUCGAAAACGAAGAAGGAGAGAUAUGAAAAAGUAUCUGCAGGGCAAUUGACCCGAUGGAUUAGGGGAGCUAUUCUUAGAGACCACAAUUACUCCGCCAGUGCAACUCCUGUUAACAUUGAUCAUGAUCAAGAAUUGCCAAAUUUAAAUAUACUGGAAAGAGAGGAGGUGGUGGAUGGGGGAGAAGUGACUACAUCUGAGGAUUGGAAGGAGGGAAGGAGAGUGGUAGAACUUGGAGUGUUAGCUGAGGGCUUGCGGGGAUGUUGUAAAUGUGGCUUACCAUUGCAACUUUCACACACAAUUUCUGUACUGACACAUGGUUUAGCUUCUUUGUUAAAGGUCUGUUGCAGCAAUACAAAGUGUAAUCAUAUUAACCAUGUAAAAACGGGGAAAAAACAUGGAAAAGUGUGGGAUGUAAAUACAAAACUAUCAGCAGGUGAGAAGUUUCACUUACACAUCCCCUACAUCAGAUACACAUAUAUUAAUUUUUGUCAGGUCACAAGAGCCUAAUUAAAUUUUAGCUCAUUUUUGUACGUAUAGGUUUUUCCCCAUUGUUCAAAGAUUUCAUAAGUGCCACUUGUU